AUGGACGAGGAGCAAAUGUGGAAAGGCUUUUUUAACAAAUUGCAUGAAUUGAAAAUGAAUCCACCCACAGAGCACGAGCAACAACUUCAAGAUGGAGACGAUGGAUUUUUUGAAAAGUUUGGAAUGCUCCUGCGACAGAAAUCUCAAUUGGAAGAACCAGUAUUAAAAACCUCAUUAGCUCCAUUCAAAGAUGAGGAAGAGGAUGAGAACGUGGGUGUGGAACCAAAUGAGAAUGAUGAUGAUGAUGAUGUACAGCAUGAGGAAUUGGAGUCGAGUACAGAUAGCGGACUGGGAGCAACUCCAAUCAAAGAUGUUGAUGCUUUUGCAGUGGAAAAUGUUGAUGAAUCGACAUCCCCGGAGGAUAUUAAAGAUGCAUUUCUUAAUAAGGGAAUUGGGAUGAAUGUUGAGGAUUUGUAUGAAGAGAUAUUAUUUGAAAUUUACAAUAAUAUCGGCUGUGAAACGAACAAUAUGAGCACAAAGAGUCUCAUAGAGUUUACACAGGAAGCAUUCAAAAUACCAAAUACAACUCAUUUGGAAAUAUCGAAAGUUGCAAUGGAGAAAGAGCCACCAAAUGUAAGACUUAAUGUUGAGAUUAUAAAAGCAGAGAACUUGAUGUCAAAGGAUUCGAAUGGAUUAUCCGAUCCGUUUGUAACCCUAUAUCUUGAAUCGAAUAACUCGCAUCGUUAUAACUCAUCUGUAAAAACUGCCACAUUAAAUCCAAUAUGGGAAGAGCACUUUUCAUUGCCAAUUGCUGAAAGUCCACGUGAAGAGGUCUUAGUUAUUGAAGUAUGGGACUUUGACGCUGCAGAGACAGUCAAGGAGAAAGUCAACAAAAUCUUGGAUGUUAAAGGUGUAAAGGGUCUUAGUAAGCUGAUGAAAGAAAUUGCAGUUACAGCUUCCUCGGGAAAACAUGACAACGAAUUAAUUGGCAGAGCAGCCAUAACCCUUAAGUCCAUUCCAGUUUCGGGUCUUACAGUUUGGUAUAAUCUGGAAAAGGGCAGCAAAACUCGUAGUCGUGGUUCCAUUCUCCUGAAUCUUGCUCUCAGCGCUGAGAAGAAUAAAAAUGUUGCUGUGCAGGAACACAAACAUCUAUUGCAAUUGUUACUCAUGCAUGAACUAGAUACGUCCCAAGUGGCCAAUUACUGGUGGAGUGGUAAAUUCAGCGCAAAUGCCGAGGCAAUCAGAAGUCAGCAUGCCGUCCAGAGUGGAUUAUCUGCCUUUGAUUGUGCUCUUAGUCAAUGGCAUGCCUAUAGUACGAUCCAUGAGACUCAUAAACUUAAUUUUGCACUCUUCAAUUCUAUACUCGAUGUCUUGGUACCGGUCAUCAAGUGUCUACAAAAUGAUUCGGAAGACAUCAAGACCUUCUGGGAGGGCGCCAAACGCCUAUUGCCAUCAUGUUUUUCGGUGCUAAGAAAAUUGCGAUCCAAGAACACUAGUGAUAAGAAUAUAAUAAGAGCACUUAACGAAGUGCUGGAUAUUGUGGGAAAGAUUAAAUCUUUUGAUGUUCCCGAGAGUGUUGAUCUGUUUCCCAUAUCGGUAUACGGUUGGAUAAAUCGAAAUGAGGCCGAUGUCGAAUACGAUAUAGAUACGGUUAUUGGUGAUGCCAUCAAGACCGGCACAGAGGAAUGGUUGGAGCAUAUUAUAGACGGCAGUCGACAUACAAAAGAAAAUGAAACCGAUGAGGACAAAUUGCAAUAUCUCAUCAAAAUUAUACAAAUGGUUCGUUCAGAUCUGCAGCGUGCUAUGGAAUAUUUUGAUAAACUUUUCUACCACAAAAUCCAAUUAAAUUAUUCUGCCGUUCUGUUUAUGUACUAUGACACAAAACUAACUGAAAUCUGUAAAUCGAUUAUAAAGGACGUUUGUAAUAAUAUUAAACGUUUGGAUGUGCCGGAUGAUCAAUUUGAAUAUUUACCAAAUAUUGAGAAUGCCAAUAUGGGGACCACUUUAUUUGAAGCUUAUUUGGUACUAAAACGAUACGUGCAACUAGGUAAAUCCCUCUGUCCCAACGAUACACAACAAAUGGAAGAGUUUUAUCAUUGGUUCGAACGAGGUGUAACACAUUGGCUAGAUAUUUCCAUAAUUAAGGCACUUAAUCGCAUACAAAAGGCCAUUGAUUUGGAUCAGUUGAAAGCCGUUGAUGAGACUGUAAAAUAUAGUUCAUCUGCUGUGGAUACUUUGGCCAUUUUCUAUCAAAUAAAAAUAUUUUGGCAACAAUUGGAUUGGCCAGAAGUGGAAGGCUCCUACACAUUUGUAGCGAAAAUUGUUAAUGACAUUUGCCGAUGCUGCGUUUUUUAUGCUCAACGAAUGUCACGUAGGGUGGAAAACAUAUCAAAUAUCGGUGAUAAAAACGAAAUGUUCACUCUAUCGGAAGAAUGGUGCUUAGCUAUUAAUAAUAUGGACUAUAUACGCCAGAGUUUACCUUCAUUUAUUAAGGAACUUGGAACUGAUGAUGUUAUACGAAAAUUGGGAGAAUAUCGAACCAAUUUAGAGGCUGAACGUUGUGCUUCCACCAUUAAGGCUGUUAUAGACAAUGCUUUGGAUACAGAACGCAAUCAAAUUGUCGAACUUAUUGAUAAUGUUACACGUAAAAUGGCACCACCCAUAAAACGUUUCCUGGCUGAAGGGGCCGAGGUGAUCCACAAAGAUUCCAAUUCGAUGGAUCGACUGAUGAUGUAUUUGGAGGGUUCUCUGACUACACUUUACGACACGCUCAACGAGGUUAACUUCAAUAGGAUAUUAGAUGGCAUAUGGACUCAAUUAUCCAUAAUAAUGUAUGAUCUUAUACAAUCUAAUCUCGAUAAACGUCGACCACCUGCAUUUUUCCAAAAUUUAAGGCAAACCCUACAAACAAUGAUAUCGUGUUUUAAAAUGGGUAAUGUCAUCACUUCCGAUGUGCAGACAUUGACGGCCAUUGAAACUACAUUAGAUCUGCAUGCCCUUGAAACAUCCGAUCUAAUUCAUCAGUAUUAUAUCGAGCGUUUUGGCUAUCAAAAGGAACAAAGCGAUUCAUCUUAUGGCCAACUCACAAUAACGGCACAACUUACAGAAACUGGUUUAAUGCUCAACAUAUUAAAUGCUCGUAAUUUAUUGCCAAUGGAUACAAAUGGAUCGGUCGAUUCAUUUGUUAAGGCUACUUUUAUGCCCACGAGUCGCUUUAAUGCAGUGACAGCAAUUAAAACUUCCGUUCAGAGCAAAACGUGUUUUCCUCUAUUCGAUGAAAACUUUAAUAUAAACUUAACUCCGGAUCAGAAAUCUGCUCAAGAUAGCCUUAUUUUGUUCAGUAUAAAGGACAAAGAUCUAUUCGGAAUGUCAAGUCAAUAUUUAGCUGAAUGUUAUAUAACCUUUGCGGAUCUCAUGGCUUUCGAAGGAGAGCAAAUUUUAUUAAAUCUAUCUAGGCCAGAGUAUACAGAUUCCGUAACUCUGAGAGCCUUGGAGUACAGACAAGGUGAUAAACAAGCUAAAGAUUUCUUGAAAAAGCUAAAGAACAAAUCAUAUUCCUAGUCUUGGACGAAUUAUCUAAGAAAAACGAAUUAUUAUCUAAGCCACGGGGCGGAUCUAGGAAAGUUAAAUAAGGGAAAUAAUUACCUAAAAUAAGCAAUAUGCAGUUAAAAAAUUAUUUUUUCCUAAGAACUUUUAAAAAUGUUCUGUAGCUAUACAAAAAAAUGUAAUUGUAAUACAAUAUUUCAGUGAAUUUAAGGCGCAAAUAUCCCAGAAUUCCCCGAUCCGCCUUUAUUUAAACUAAAAAAUAUAUUUUUAUAUUAACCACGCAUAAUUUAAGUUAAAAAAACAACAACUUUUUAGUUAAUCUAAGAUUCCAAAUAUGAAUUCAAAACUAAGACGAAAUAUAUAUAGUUUUUGAAUUAGACUGUAAAUUCAACUGCAAUUUUAUUCGGUAAAAUAAGGACCCUGUGUUAUCCUUUGUUUCAUCAACAUAUGCAGACAUGGUAUCCGAUUCCAGUUGCCAAUCCAUUUAAAUAAGUAAUUAUUAAAAACAUUUACACAAGAACAA